GCAAACCGGUUCAGAGUGGAUGGAUGCCCUCUGACCAAAAUACUCCACCAAUAACAACGACUCCUGUUCCUUUACCGCUGUAAAUACUACCGUAAAGCAUCGUUUCUGGAGGUGAGGGUGACAAGCCAGAAGUCCACAAUGUAAAGUCGGUCGGGGUCAAGCCCUAGAUCGAAGAUCGGGCAGGAAAGUCGGAAGAAAGUCACACAAACACGUUGUUGUUGUAAGAACGACUCCACAGUCCACAACGUCACUCCGAUCACCUCAGGCCAUCGGAUUGCGUUGGGCGGGAUUGCUUUUGGAGCUAAACCCUAAUACAUUUCAUCCCAAACAUCCGAUCAUGUGGGCCUCGAAACUGGGGCGGCUUCGGCGCUGCUUUCAUCCCGACUCAAUCCGGACUUUGACGUCCACUCCGGCUGUUCAAGCCAAUGUGGGCUUCAUCGGGUUGGGCAACAUGGGACAGGGCAUGGCCAUCAAUUUGAUAGAAAAGGGACAUGAGGUGUUGGUAUAUGACGUAGAUCCCUCAGCCGUGGAGGCCAUGAUCGCCCGUGGGGCUCAAAAACAGGGCUUGCCUCGGGAUGUGGCUGCUCAUGCCGAUCACAUUGUCACUAUGUUACCCAACAACGACAUUGUGCGUGAGGUUUAUACGGGUCAUGACGGCCUCUUGGGCCAAAUCCAGCCCCAAACCGUACUCAUUGACUCCAGUACGAUAGAUCCGGCCGUGAGCCAAGAGAUAGCCGCAGCGGCCAAGGCUAAGCAAGCCAUUUUUGUGGAUGCCCCAGUAUCCGGAGGUGUCAAUGCGGCUGCGGCUGGAACGCUCACAUUCAUGGUGGGUGCCGAAAGUGCCGGGGAUUAUGAAAAGGCCAAGGUCAUUUUGGAUGCCAUGGGUCAGAAUAUCACGCAUUGCGGGGAAGUGGGCACCGGUCAAGCGGUGAAAAUCUGCAACAACAUGCUCUUGGCCAUCUCCAUGAUUGGCGUGUCCGAGACUAUGAAUCUCGGCAUGAACUUGGGUCUGGAUCCCAAACUCUUGGCUAAAAUCCUCGGGUCUGCCACUGGACGAUGUUGGUCAGUGGAUACGUACAAUCCGGUGCCGGGCGUGAUGGAAAACGUCCCCUCUUCCAAUCACUAUCAAGGAGGCUUUGGCACCGCCCUCAUGACCAAGGACCUGGGUCUCUCACAAGAUGCUGCCACUCGCACCAAGAGUGCUACUCCCUUGGGAUCAUUGGCUCAUCAGCUGUACAGGGUAAUGUGCAACUCGGGAUAUUCGGGUAAAGACUUCAGCUCGUCGUACGAAUUCCUCAAGAAAAAAGACUGAAAUACCCGCACUUCGUCGAUGUGCUAUUAGGAAAAUAUUUUUUUUCCUGAAAUGACGAAAAAAAAAAAUUACGCGUAGAAUGCGUUCAAUAUCA